AGAAUUUAAGGACCAAAACGUUAAAAAUCUUUAAAAAGAAAAUCCACCUCAUCCGUAAUCACUCCACAAAAAAGGAAGAAACUUUCAUCAAAUAUUCAGACUUUGAGAACAGCAACAGAGCUGCCUAGCCUAAAACAGGAGUAAAUUCAAACACAGAAAAAACUGUGGAAAAUGGACGCCGCAACAAAGGAGAAGGUGCAAGAAACAGUGCUGGAAAUCCUUCGAACUGCCGACAUGCAAAAGAUGACUGAAUACAAUGUUCGUACUCUCGCCGGCGAAAAUCUCGGCAUCGAUCUCUCCGAAUCUUCUUCCAAGAAGUUUGUCCGUCAAAUUGUCGAAUCUUUUCUUCAUGAACAACAGCAACAAAACGACGCCGCUGAUGAAGCAGAACAGGAAGAAGAAGAAGAAGAGGAGGAGGAAGAAGAAGAAAGUAAUAAGAGACGCUCUGAUGGCAAAGAGUAUGAUGAUGAUGGCGAUCUCAUCAUCUGUCGUCUGUCGGAGAAGAGAAGAGUGACGAUUCAGGAUUUUAAAGGAAAGACAUUGGUGUCAAUUAGGGAGUAUUACAAGAAAGAUGGAAAAUUUCUCCCUACAUCCAAAGGAAUUAGCUUAACAGCUGAGCAGUGGUCCUCCUUCUAUAAGAAUGUGCCGGCUAUAGAGAAAGCUAUCGAGAAAAUGGAGGAAAGGUUGAGCUGAUGCUCUCUUACAUUUUGGUGUUCCAAUGUUCGUGCGUUGUGGCAGUCGUGUUUCACUGCAGUAACUGCUGUUUUGCUGCUUAAGUUAUCUGGGUAUACAUUUUGCAAGACUUGAAAUUAUGGCCUUUGAUAACUUUUGGAACAGUGUACAAGUCGUGUAGUGAUUUUAAUUUUGCGAGACAUGUUGUAGCCCUUGAUGAAUGUUUUAAGUAGUGUAUAUGCAAUGCAGAUAAAAUGGUAAAUCCUGUUCUUUGGCUGCAA